AUGAUGCUCCAAACGGAAUAUUUUGAUGAUAUAUUUGCGGAAGCAUUCGCUUGUUUUGAACAGGGAUUGUCUUAUGAUGAAGUUGGUGAUAAGAAAAAUGCAGAAGUGAUAUACGACAGAGGCUUAAAACUUGUACAAGAAAUUUUGAAGGAGAAAAGAGCAAAAAAAUGUAAGUUAUACAAAAAUAUGAUGGAUGUCCAUAAACGUGUUGAGGAACGAUUAAGAGUUUUGAAAAAGGAAUAUAACCCAUCUGUGGCGAAAAAUGAAGAGAAAUUUACAGCUAUAGAAAAAAAGGUAAAAGCUGAACUGAGGAAAGAACUCAAAUCGGUUAAUACAGGUGAAGCUGAAUUGAUCUUUUUCAUUUCAAAUGGUGUACAACUUUUCAUGAUUGAGGGUGACGAAAUUUCGACUCCAACUAUUCCAGCUCCAUUGGAAAUAUUUCGAUUUUUUCAAAGACAAGAACAAUCAGAAAAUAUCCAAGCAUUUAUCAAGGUUGGACCGUGGGUAUAUCCGUUAAUAAGUGGUAAAACUCCAAUAUUGAAAAAUGAAUUUGGUGCAUAUGUAGUGCCCAACCCAACUGAAAAAAAACCAGAUAUGUUUGUCGGGAUCUUAUUGCCAUCCGAUCUUGAUAAGCAAUGCGAAGACAAUUUCAUGAAAAUUCUCAAAACAUACACAGAAUUUCGAUUCAAAGAAAUAUCGCCAUGUCUCAGUGAUGAGGAAAAAUUGCGAACAAGCCAAAAGAUUGCACAGCUAUUAAUAAAAGGCAAUAGAGGUGAAAAAAUUGCAUGGGGUAUUGAUUGCGCUACGGAGAAAACAACACAAAUAGUAUCUAAUCAUUUAACGAAAUAUCAAUCAUCCUUAAAAUCCAUUGAUGAACCAGUUGUUAUUAGUCCAGCACUACGAACUAGUGUAUACUAUGUGCAUAGAGGAAGCAAAAUUAUUGCCAAGUGUACCAGAUUUUUGCUAGACAAAAUAGGCGAUAUUGGUGUGGCAGUUGGUCAACAACUUGCUUCAAGUGCUGAAAAACGUUUCGGCGAUGGAAAGGGUGGUGGUAUAAUUGGAGGAACAAUCGAUGUCCUUGGUGGUGGGAUUGCAGGCGUUAGUACGGUUUGGAUGGCUUUAGAGAAUGCUUCAAAAACUCUCUGCAGGAAUAUUGCCAAUGAAACUGUGAAUAUUGUUCAAAUUAAGUAUGGUGACGAUGCAUCGACAGUAACACAUAAUGCAUUGUUUGCUACUGGUCAUACUACCUUAGCAGCGUUCCAAAUUUGGGAUCUUGGGCCACGUUCUAUUGCAGGAAGAGCUGCACGCAAGGCUGGUAUUCAGUUUGUCAAUGAUUUACACAAAUCGCGAUCAAAUUCGAAAAUAUGCAAAAUAGAUGAUACAAAAAAAGUUGUCUAA